AGUAUAACAUCAUACGUAGCCUUGGUAACAGGGCUGACAGAGACUUCUGACGGGGGGAGUGCGCCAGUCACCUCUCGGUCGGUGCUGGGGCGACUCUGUGCAAUACUAUACAACGGCAUAUCUUCCUCAAGUGAGAGUUCUGGCUAAGCUUCACUCAACCACACUGAGGCCCCGGGGGAGAAUCGCGCGCCUUCGUCGCGACUCCAGCAACGCACAGAUUAUGGAGCCUCAGGCGCGCUCACAUGGUGGCUUGCUAGCGCUGCCACAGGAGCUGAUGCAGGCGAUUGUAUCAGGACUGCCGCGGGGAAACAAGUUCACGCUGCGCUCUACUUGCAAGUUCCUUUCAAGAUCACUUGCCCUGAGCUGCUCAAGCGUGGUAGUCCGGCGCGCAGCGCUCGCACGUUGCUCUGGAGGCGCAAAGCAAGAGGUGGCCGCAGCUCUGGCUGCAUUUCCGAACGCUCGAGGGUGCGCUAUCCGCCUUGAAGAACACCAAAACUCUCGGCGACCAUGUGCCCCAGCCGGCAACAGCUCUGCGCAGCCCGGCAGCAUCAGCGAGUCGCAGUUGCUAUCGGAGGCCCUCGAAGGACUCCAAGGCCGCAACAUAACGUCGCUCGCUCUGACAGGACUCAGCAGUGCUGUGCCCGAGCCCAGCUCGGCGUGCUGGGCACCGCUGCUGGAGUCGGUGCAGGAGCUGGAGCUGGGCGACGUCUCGCACGCUGUGGCCGGCGACCAGGGCGCCUUCAACACCCUGCUACACGGGCAGCACCUGCGCGCCCGCAGCGAUGCCCUGUUCGCGCUGGCGGUGUCCUUCCCCAACCUGCGGCGCUUGACGCUCUCCGCCGCCUGCUUCAGCGCCGAGGGCGUUCUGGCGCUGUGCCGCCUCGCCAAGCUCGAGUCGCUCAGCCUAGACGGCAGCCUGGAGUGCCCCGGCGGCGCCGAGCAGGCCGCAGACGUCUACAGGCAGCUGAUGCAGCAGCUGCCGGGGCUGCGCCAGCUGCGGCUGCCGCAGGCGGUGCCGGCCUGCGGCGCUGCGCUGGAGGAGUCGGAUGACGAGGAGGCCGAGCACGAGCAGCUGCAGCAGGAGCAGGGUGCGGAGGAGGAGGAGGAGGACGAGGUCAUCGCGGCCAGCCGCCGCCACGCGGUGCAGCGUGGGGCGAGCAGUCCCUUCAUCAGCGACCUGACGUUCCCGCUGCUGCUCAGCCCACUGCGGCCCUCGCCGCUGCGGCAGCCCCUGUCGCCGCUGUCGCCCAGGCCGCAGCCGCCGGCGUCACCGGCCCAGCUGCCGGAGCUUCCAUUCCCGGUGUCGCCCAUUCCGCAGCCGGCUGCGCUGGUACCGCCGCCGCUGCCUCGCCGCGCACCGGCGCAGAGCCUGGACGAGUUCCUUGGCUUUCAUGGCAGUGCGCGCGCUGGCGCGGUGGGUCCUUUCGCCACGACCCUCUCAGGAGCGGCGCCGGCACUGCCAGGGCUGUUACCGCUGCCGCCACUGCCGCGGCUGGCCACGGAGCCGCCCAUGAGCGCCGCCGACACACUGGCGGCCCCGGCAUCCUUUGGCAGCUUCAACUCCAGGUCCAGCGCCGGCCGCAUCCUGUUCUUCAACGAUGUUCCGGGCAGCAGCAACAACAACCAGGACGCUGAGCAGGUGCCACCGCAGCCCCAGCCGCAGGCGCCCAGCCGCAGCAGUGGUACCGGCCUCCACCCUGUCCCCAACUACCCCGCUGUGGCCGGUUAUGGUCCUGGCACCAUCAGCCUCGUCGCUCCCAGCGCCCCGGUGCCGGGGCCGCGGCUGCUUAGGUCCCCACGCAAACCCGCUGCCAGCCUGGCCGAGGGCUUUGUGUUUCCGCAGCACCUGGAGGAUCUAACCAUCCCGCUGUGCGCCCUCAACCGCCCCGUCUUCGAGGCCGUAUGCUCCGAGUACGGCCAGUCGAGUGCCAGCGCGCCGGUGGGCAGCAGUGCACGCUGCUCCGGCAGCACGGGCGUGGCCCCUGUGGCAGCCCUAGCCCUACCCCAGCCUUCCAUCGGCCGCCGGGUGUUGUCGUUCCCCUACCUGCCGGCUCUGGGCGGCGGGGCCGCGGCGCGCACCGUGGCGACCGCGGGUGCCCUGGCGGCAUGGGGCGCCGGCGCGGAUGGCGGCAUCAGCCGCCCCGGCUUCGCGGUCAUGAGCAGCAGCAGCACUAACAGCAGCAGCCGCAGCAGCAGCUUUAACAACUCCAGCUUCUCCGGCGAGCAGGACGCGCACGCGACCGCCACCAGCCCGGCUGCGGGUGUCAUCGCCAUGCGCAGUCGCAAGGCCGCCUUCCGCCAUGCCGAGGCAGACAGCGGCCUGCGCCGCACCUGCGGCAGCAGCGGAACCAGUAGCGACAUCCAACAAGCUCGGCCCGCCAGGCGCUCGCUUCGCUCGCUGCACAUUCCCACGUUGGCCGGCUACUCGCACUGGGAGGGCUCUUUCCUGCGCAGUGCCCGUGACUUCGAGCGCCUUGGCACUCUGGGCGCGGAGCUGGAGGUUCUGCACCUCAGCCUGGAGCUGGGGUCGUUCAGGCUCACGCCCAACAACAUGCGCGCCUGCCUGCAGCACCUGAGCUCACUGUGCGGUCUGCGGGAGCUGCGCAUCAGCGAGGCCCAACAGCCUACCUGCUACUCGGCCCGCAAGCGCUCUUGCUCCAUGCGCGGCGCGACGGCGUUUGGCGCCGGCAGUGGCCAGUCCGGCCUGGCCUCGCUGUCGAGCUCUUCUCUGGAGCGCCUGGGCGGCAUGUGGCCGCGCCUGCGCUCCCUGCACCUGUUUGGUGAGACGGCGGUGCGCAGCUGCAACCGCCUGGUGGUGGCUGGUUGCUGGGACGAGGCUGCCAUGAUGCCGCGCGCGUGCGCUCACUGCUGCGGCCCGCACAGUGAGGCCUGUCGCGGGUAGUUCAUACCAAAGAUCAUUCAUCAUAAGGACUGUCGCGCGUUUGUAUAUGCACGCAACUUUGGUUGUCGUUGCGUGCCUGCUUAGCGGGAUCCAGCAUAGUCAGGAUGAAAGGGGGGGAUUCUGGCUCGCAGGUUGCAGCGCAGACAUGCACUUACGAUGGCAGUAGCAGUAUGCGGGCUUCAGGCGCCCGCACACAAGCCAGUUGGUGACGGGCGCUAUUUCAAUGAUUUUUUGGCAAGCAGUAAGUUACAAGGCAUACUUAAAGGCCGACCGGUGUGUCCACAGACACUUUCCUGUGGAUCGGUCUUCACGUCGUGAGCACUUUCAGAGGGAGGAUGUGAUCCCUCAGUUUAAUUUGCAGGUUGGCUAUAUCUCAGCAAAGCGAGCGUGCACACACGUUCUUCAAGUUCUGUCAUGGCGUUAUCCGCUUCAGUUUCAGUCGGUGGUUCAAAGAUGUUGCUUGCAUGCCGCUACACAGUUGAAAGGGUUUGGCUUCGGUUGCACGUGUUGUUGUCGACAGGCAUACGCACUUUGGGAGGAUCAAUAGGACACCUUCCUGGAUUUGAUGCCUCUGGUUUCAAACCCUGGCAGAAGUUGUGCUCAGUUGGUGGCAAUCCAUGGCACGUGAGGUUUCAGUUCAAGUGCCUUUACCUGUCAUUGCCGGGUGAAUUAGGUUUCGGUUGUUCACGACGAAGCUGCAAAGGCCUAAGAGGGACAUGGCUGCUGCGUUUGUGGCGAAGAGUCUGUGGGGUGUUGAUGGGGAUAGGUUUUCGAGUUUCCGCAUGUUUGCACACAGCAUUGUGUUUGUUGCGUCAGUUGCGGGCCAGUGUUUUCGAUAGGCCCGGGUCCAGAUAAAGUGAUCUGGCGACGUGUUGGGAUUUUGUGGAAUUUUUUGCUGUUCUCAGGGGUCGGCUGGGCACGUGGGGAUUGUGAGGAAUUGUUCGAGUGGUUCUGUGGCAAAGAUUCUAGUCGGUGCGAUCUAACGCUGCUGUGCGUGCGUGGCUGUUGCCUCUACGAGAAGCAGCAGCCAAACGCAUCAGUCAAGCUGGAAGGCAUGCGACGUGGUCAGGAGAGGGGUCAGUAUUGUGACAAAGCGCACGGGAAGCAGGCGUGGAAGCAAUGCGUUUUCUUGGAUGGAAAGGGGAUAUCUUUUACGACGGCAGGUGUCAUGAUGAUGGUCUGGCGCGGGUGUAGAAGGCGGAGGUGCCCCACAUGGGGUGCUGUACGGUUCCUGAGACUAGCUUUUGGUAGUGGCCUGACUCAAGCCACCAACAUGCUGUGACAUGGAGGAUGAACUGUCCUACGACCUGCGGUGGAUGUUGCCCAAGCCGUUCAUAGCAACCGGCAGCAAGUGCAGCCUGGCAGUGUCAGACGUGCGGUAUGGGUAUUGGUUGUACAAGGGGCAAGAGUUUCGGUCCGAACAUGAAUGACUCGGAUGCAGCCAUAUGCGGGAUGCGUGAAUGUGCGGGAUGACACAUGCACUUUGUGUGAUGGAAAGGAUGCGCCCCGCCUCCUCGCGUUGUGGAGGCGGCUUGCAUCAUACUAAGGACCGGCUGAAAUCGAGCGCAUUAGGCGCACUCUCAAGUUUUGCAGGGGGCAUGCACCCUAUGACGACGUACAGAGGGCCCCGUUGGCCCCAACCAUAUGCAACAAGCUUUUUGAGUAGUGGACAGAGUCCGGAUCGAAGUUUGGGAGUGCUGAGUGCGAGGUGUGACAGACACAGUCAUAUGUCGUAUGCCAGGCUCAUGCGGGAAAUACCCGAAAUGAGGGCGCACGGUUGCGUGCGCUUCACUGGCCGUGAGCGCCCAUUUUCGGGCGUCCGGUUUUAAUUGCUAUUACCUAUUGUAGAAAAGUACAUGACGCGCGAUGCCGUAUCGCACAUGUGCUGAAGUGCAGUGCAGCGUCAGGUUGCCGGGGUUGUUAGUGGGUGUCCUCAAUGGCACGGAGCAUGUCCGUGCCCCUUCAUUUGCACUUUUUGCCUUGGGGCUGAUAACAAGCACCCACGUGUUUACUCACUAGCGUGACUGUGGAAGCGUACUCAUGAGACUGCCCGUGCUGGGUAGUAUGCUCCCUGGGUGUGCGAAACGAAAGUGAGUUGUGCCGUUGCCAGACUGCCGGGGUGCCUUCGCGGAACACGAGUGCGCGGCCUUGUGUGGGGGCGCAAUCAAUUGGAGUACCGGCAAAUCAACAUGCUAGAAACUAAAUCAUUGAGCAUGCGGGCCCUCACCGCCCUCCCACGAUGUAGACGUGUGUCCUCAUGGGCAGGAGCGGGGGUGUUCCGUGGGACGCGACUGGAGAGGGCAGAGGGUGUAGUGAAGGGAGCGGGGGCCCGAGAUGACCAGCAUUCAUAGAUGAGUAAUGCCCAAAAGUCCAUUGUAACUCCUUAACAUC